AUGGAUACAAGGGUAAAGAUGAUGGAGGAGAUGACUGCUCCCCUGUCACCUGACUCCGCAGCAACUGCCGCCAUAGAGCCUCCCUUAAUGCGCCACACCGUCCUAUCGUCUUCCAGUAUCAGUUUCAACGUGGAAUUUCAGCAUAGGGACAUAAUUCUUUCUCUCACCGUUCCAAGUACCUUCUCUUCCUUCCAUGCCCUACAGAGAGAUGCGUUUCUUCGCUCAAUCUCACUGUCUGGCACCGACGAUAUCAAGCACCCUGUCGAAUUGGCGCUAGCCUAUAUCGAAUUCCUCCUCCUUCAGAAAGAGAUAACGGGUGCAGCUUGGGCGGUGCUCUUGGAGGCAUUCGACAAUGAAUUUCUUGGAAGAAUAGACAUUCAUUCUCUCAUCGCGGAGGUAACGUCGAGAUCAGAGAAACGACAGCGGUGGUUGCGUAUAUACUAUCAUGCUGUCGAUCUUAAACAGGAAAACGGGGUUGAGGAUGGUGUUGAGGGUGUGGUCUACACCAGAAGUAGAUUUUUCCACAAUGUUGAGACCAGUCAGUUUCAAGUAAUGGCACUGUUUGGAGGCCAGGGGGAUGCGAGUCCUACGUGUGUGAAGGAGCUUUCCGAACUGUACAACACAUACCAGUCGAUACUCCAGGACUUUCUACGAAGAAUGGGGUCUAGACUUGCCGAGCUGUCCCGCUUGCCAAAGUGUCGCUCAUACUAUCAGCGACGAUACUUGGACAUCGAGGCUUGGAUGGCCGACGCCGCUGUGGUACCUAAUAGUGCUUUCGUGGCCAGUGCCCCUGUUAGCGUACCUGUGAUCGGAUUGUUGAGUCUCGCUCGAUACAUCGUUACUUGCCGGAUACUAGGGAUAUCGCCCGGAAAGCUGCGAACACUGCUUUCUGCCACCACGGGGCAUUCUCAGGGUCUUUUGGUAUCAAUUGUUGUUGCCAUAUCGGACACAUGGGAGUCGCUUUACGACAAUAGCAGCUUAUUAGUGGAUGUCUUGUUCUGGUUGGGAUGGGAGUGUCAUAAUUGCGCGCCCCAAAUUACAAUCCCUAGAAGGUCCACGAGAAGUGAAGAAAAUGACGUGGAUCUCGACACCCAUCUAUACAUGCUCAGUAUUCGAGGGGCAACACGAUGCCAAGUUGAGGAUAUACUGGCCCACAUGAACCGUCACUUGAGCCAAGAUUCGAAGUUGUAUCUGGCGUUGGCAAAUGCUCAAGAUCAAUUCGUUGUUGCCGGUCCAAAUUCAUCAUUAUUACAUCUUAGGAGCUACCUUCAAGAGGUUAGUACCUCUGCCAUAAAUCGGAGCCAAAUCCCAUUCAGCAGCAGAAGGCCAUUUCUCCAGCUUAACUUCCUGCCAAUCAGCACACCUUUCCAUACGCCAUAUCUUCGUCCUGCUGUAGAAUCCUUGAGAAAACGAUUUUCAGAAAGACGGAUCCUCCCCCAGCAACUAGCCAUCCCGGUAUUCGACACUAGGACUGGUCAUGAUCUCCGUGCUUAUGAUGGGAAUAUCCUGCAUUUGGCGUUUGAUGCUAUUGCCCAUGACAUCUGCGACUGGCGUGCUGCAAUGGCCUGUUCACCCAACAUCAGUGCUCGCCGUCCUCCUGUGUCACACAUUAUUGUUUUUGACCGGGGUGGUCUUGGUUCAUUGGUGAAGAAGGUUAAAGAGGGUCAGGGGAUUCGCGUAAUUCAAGGGUCUGAUCUCGAUUCCCGGGAUCCCGAGGUGGGAACCAUGAAGGAUCUAUUCUCUCCCUUGUUACUUGAUUCCGCGACUAGGCUCCAAACUUGGGGCCAGCGCUUCCAACCACGACUAGCCCCGGGAACAAAGAUUAAGAUUGAAACACGUCUCACGCAGCUUUUGGGUGCCCCUCCAAUUAUGGUUGCUGGUAUGACACCCACUACGAUGCAUUGGGACUUUGUUGCAGCCAUCAUGAAUGCAGGUUAUCACGUCGAGCUGGCCGGUGGAGGUUACCAUAGUGCCGACCGCAUGGCGUCAGCCAUCGAUCAGUUAGUCAAGAAUAUUCCCGCCGGACAAGGCAUCUCCUGUAACUUGAUUUACGCCAACCCUCGUGCUGUCAGAUGGCAGAUCCCACUUUUACGUCGCUUAUCGCAUGAUGGUGUCGUAAUCGACGGCUUGACUUUUGGAGCCGGUGUCCCUUCGCUAGAAGUCAUCACAGAGUACAUACAGACGCUAAAUUUGAGACAUAUCGGUUUCAAGCCUGGGUCAAUGGCGGCCAUCCGGGAUGUGAUUAGUAUCGCCAGGGCUCACCCCGACUUUCCAGUUAUCCUUCAAUGGACUGGUGGUCGUGGAGGAGGGCAUCACUCUCGUGAAGACUUCCAUGCUGUCAUGCUGAAUAUGUACGGACUAAUACGGCAACAAUCGAACAUUUAUUUGGUGGCUGGCAGUGGGUUCGGUAGCAGCGGUAGCAUCUAUCCAUACCUUACAGGCUUAUGGUCAGUUCCGAUGGGAUAUGCGUCCAUGCCAUUUGAUGGAGUACUUUUGGGUACUUGCAUGAUGGUUGCGAAUGAGGCUCAUACAAGCAAAGCCGUCAAAGAUGUCAUCACGUCGACACCCGGAUUGGACGACAAUGACUGGGAAAAGACAUAUGCUGGGCCUGCUGGGGGAAUAAUUACAGUGCAGUCGGAAAUGGGCGAGCCAAUACAUAAAAUAGCAACUAGGGGCGUGCGCCUGUGGGCUGAAAUGGAUAAGACUGUUUUCAGUCUCCCCCGGCAAGACCGUGUCACAUAUUUGACCAAACAUCGUCUUAUGAUAAUUCAUCGGUUGAAUGCCGACUUUGCGAAGCCAUGGUUUGGUCGCAACUCACAAGGGGCUGUAAUCGACUUGAACGAAAUGACCUACACUGAGGUAAUAAAUCGGCUGGUGGAACUAAUGUAUAUUGGUCAUCAAAAGCGUUGGAUCGACUCGACUUAUGUGGAUUUCACAUUCGCAUUCGCCGCCCGUACCUUCGAACGCUUGCCAGCUGAGUUGAAUAAUUCAGAGCAUCUUUCUCGAGAAUUACUUGAGCUUCACCCAACCCGCUUUGCUCGUGUGUUUAGCACUGCGUGUCCCGCUGCAGUUUCAGAAGUCUUGAAUCCGGAGGAUGUCUCGUUCUUCCUCAUGCAAACCAAAAAGGAAAAUCAAAAGCCUGUCAACUUCAUACCCACCCUGAACGACGAUUUUGAGUACUAUUUCAAGAAGGACUCGCUAUGGCAAUCGGAGGAUAUUGACGCUGUGAUUGGUCAUGAUCCAGGCCGAGUAUGCAUUCUUCAGGGCCCUGUGGCAGCGCAGUUUUCAUGUGAUCGAGGAGAAUCGGCAAAGGAGAUUCUGGAUACUCUGCUAUUUUCUCUCAGCGACCGCUUCCAACGAGAUAUGUGUGCAGAGGAAUUGACUAUCGGGAUUGAUAGUGGCUUAGUUACACCAGAUUCCUGGUCCACAGUCUCGCCCGGUACUAAGGACUCUUUUAUGGAGGAAAUCUCUACUCCAUGCUCCACAACACUCUCGGACGCCAGUGAUGAUCCAUGCGUGUGUUCAUUGACAUUGCCUUACAGUCCCGAUCGAAACAUUCCCGCUUGGGUACGGGCAGUUCUGGAAGAUAAAUUUGUCUUGCAGGGCCGACUGCGGCAAAAGAAUCCUUUUCGCGAGUAUGUCGAGAAAUACCCUAAAUCCGCUAUCCAGUACAAUCCCGCUCGGUUAGAGAUAUCUGUGGUGGCUCAAGACAGUCUGGACAUCAAAUCUUCGAUGACAAUCACAUGUCAGAAUGGGGCGGAGGUUAUUGUCGAACUUCAUCCUCCAUACAAAGCACAGAAUUUGCAGUUACUGUACGAAUUUGAUCCUAGCAGGGCUCCCUUCAGACUGAGCGAGAUCAUGGAAGGCCGGAACGAGCGUAUCAAGUCAUUCUAUAGUGCAAUCUGGCUUAGUAAGACCACAGCCAGCAAUAUUGGUCUGUACAGUCUAUUUGACGGGCAUCCAAUGAAGCUGGCCCGCGAGCGGUUCGAGGGGUUGGCCUUGACCGUCGGUGCAGCGUUUCCCGACCAUCGGAUCGUGUCAUCAGAUUCAGAAAUUUUGCCUAUUAGCGUUGGCAUUAUUAUCGCUUGGGACGUCAUAUGCCGUCCCCUUCUUCUCAUGGAUAUUGAAGGUGAUUUACUUCGUCUAGUUCAUCGAUCUAACACGACUGCAUACACUCAUGGCGUCAGGCCUCUCAGGUUGGGUGAAACAGUCAGCUCCCAAUCUCAGGUUCAGGCUGUCUAUAUAGAGGAUUCAGGCAAGGUUGUGGUUAUAGAAGCGCGGAUUAUUCGCUCUGGGAAGCAUGUGUUGACAGUAACGUCAACGUUUCUUUUCCGAGGUUCAUUUCGCAAUGUCAAAAACACCUUUCGAAAAACAAAGUUAUGCGAUUGGGCGGUAAACGUGCAAUCGAGGUCAGAGGAGAUGGUGCUAAAAGAGCGAAUGUGGUUUCAUCCAGUCGCCGCUCUACCUUCGCUGGUAGGCAAGACAGUGGUUUUCAAUGUCGAGAGUCACGUUACGUAUAAGGAAAACGCGCGUACAAAACUUCGAGUCACUGGCCAGGUACAUUGCCGGACAGGCUACAAAUUCGAACAUAUAGGAGAUGUUCAUUUCGUAUGUGAUGACUGUCAUGGAAACCCGGUUUCAGAAUUCCUUGAACGCAAAGGGACUGCACAAGGAGGCAGAAUAAACUUUGGGAGCCCUGGCUGGUCGGGCCCAUCGUCAUUUGAAAUUCAAAUGCCUGCCAGUAACCAGGACUACGCUGAGGUGUCUCUAGAUUUCAAUCCUAUUCAUGUCUCAACCAUCUUUGCUAACUUUGCCCAACUGCCGGGCACGUUGUCCCAUGGCAUGUGCACAUCAGCGAUUGUAACUGCGGUUCUUGAGCACUUGGUCUUGAAGAGUGAUCGGGCACGCCUGAGAAGUUUUUCCACUGAGUUUUUGGGAAUGGUAAUGCCUUCAGAGAGGUUGGCAGUACGACUAGAGCAUGUGGGAAUGGUUGAAGGGAGAAUGCGAUUUGUUAUAGAAGCAUGCCGAACUGGGAACGGAGAGAAGGUGAUGACUGCGGAGGCCGAAGUGGAACAGCCUGCAAUAGCGUACCUCUUCACUGGUCAAGGUAGUCAAAGUAGAGGUAUGGGUAUGGAGUUAUACAAUAGGAGCUCAAGUGCCAAGGAGUUGUGGGACGAGAUUGAUGCGCAUAUAUACAACGCUUAUGGCUGGUCUGUUCUGGACAUCGCCAGGAACAACCCAAAGACUCUCACCAUUCGCUUUGGGGGCAAACAUGGCCGGAAGAUCCGCGGAAAUUACCUCUCCAUCACAGCGGAAAGAGUGCUUCCUAAUGGUGACCGAGUGCAAGAGCCAGUUCUGGCGGGGCUCACAGCAGAGUCGGCGUCUUACACAUUCCAUGAUCCUAGGGGGCUCUUGUAUUCGACACAAUUUGCACAACCGACGAUUCUUCUGUUCGAAGCGGCAGCUUUUGCAGAAAUGCGUGCCAAAGGCUAUGUAUCACGCGAGGCGGUAUAUGCCGGACAUUCCUUGGGGGAAUACGGGGCACUUUCUGCACUGUCAAAGUUUAUACCAACUCUUGCCCUCGUAGAAUUAGCUUUCUACCGGGGGUUGAUGAUGCAGCGUCGGUGGAACGAGAUCGUGGAGAGAGCGCCACGUAUGGUAUGGUGGCUGCGAAUCCAGAACGUGUGGGUAAAUGUAGUUUUUGAUCAAGCUUCAUUGAGCACCGUGGUUCGCACGAUUGCUGCUGAGAGCCGGCAAUUGUUGGAGAUCGUGAAUUUGAACGUGGAUGGGGAGCAGUAUGUCUGUUCGGGCACGUUAACCAAUCUUUACGUCCUCGGCAAACUGAUGGACCAUAUCGCACAGUGCCACAGUGGAGCAAAGCAAGUUCAGGAGAUGAUGGACUCCACCGACGCGUCUACGACGGAGCUCCACCGAGUGAUCCGCGACCUCCUGCAUCAUGCCAAGACCCUUCCUCUACCAAUUGAACUGCAGCGCGGCCAAGCAACGAUUCCCCUGCAAGGCAUCGACGUGCCUUUCCAUUCCAGUCAUCUGCGCUCAACAGUGGACAUGUUCCGACAAUGUCUACUCCGGCCAGGACUUCUAGCGGGAAAUAUAGAUGCAGAGGAGCUAGAGGGGAAAUAUAUUCCUAACCUGAUGGCGCAACCGUUUUCGUUAGACGAGAAAUAUAUCAGACAGGCUUUCGACCUCACGCAGAGUCCGGUCCUAGGAAAAAUCCUGGGCAUAAGUUAA